UUUAAGCUUUAUCACUAAAUCCUCCUCUAUCUUUUGUUUCUUAUUUUCACACGGCGACAGGUUUCUAAUAAGAACUGUGUAAUCUACCUUCUAACGCCGUAAAAAUCACGCAGCUCUGUAUUCUGACGUAUUACCUUAUCAGAAAGAAGGGGAAAAAUAAAAAAAUCGAAAAAAUCGCUGUUUCGCUGAACAGAAAAAAAGCAAAAAGAAUCUAUUCAAAACAUUGAAUAUUUUGCCGUGAAAUUGCGUCAUAUGCAGCAAAUGAUGUGAUGGAAUAAAGUAACGCAGAGUGCAUAGUGUAGCGAUAAACAAACAGCAACAUGAGUAACGAAAAGAUCGCCGAAGACAUUGCCAAUUGUGUGCGUAAAGCUAUUCCGUGGCAUAAUCUACCCGUGCAUCUGAUAAAUCGUUUCCACAAUAAUCAACGUGAUUACGAGAAAUAUGUUUUCAACUAUAGCCUGAAGAAUCAGUUGCGUUUCCGUGGCAAUUUGGUUAGUAAAAUCUUUCGCAAGGAGCAACGCUACUAUGAGCUGUUGGUACAGAAAUCCAUUAAUACCUUGGGUUUGUUUCCCUAUCACCUGGCUGAUAUUGUGACCAAGGGAUUGCGGGUGACACCGUUUAAUUAUUAUCUUGAUGUUUUGUCACAGUUACUGAGAAAUGAUAAGAGCUAUGAUAGCUUGCCGAAUUUCACGGCCGCCGAUUGUUUGCGGGUCUUGGGUAUUGGCCGCAAUGAAUAUCUGUCGUUGAUCAGUGAAUUGAAGACCCACACAACACGGGCCCUGUUGUUUACCACCAAACCAAAUCCCCUGGAAUACCUGCCCAGAUUUCCACAACGCAUACGCAUUGAGCCCUGGUGGCGGGUGGAGGUGGGUUUUGUGCUGGAAUCUGAUAUACGAUUUGUUACGGCCUCCGAAAGAAGCCUUAUAGAUGACUUGAUUGAUUUUGGCUCCCAGACGGCUGGCAAGUGUGAUUAUCAUGUGGUCCAUAGUCUGUAUAGAAAGGGAUUGAUAUACCUUGAUGUUCCGAUUUCGGGUGAGGAUAAAAUAUCCAUACCGCCGUUGAGGAAUUUUGUUAUGAAUCGUGUGAGCGGUGAUUAUUUUGAAAAUUUGUUGUACAAAAUCUUUGUGAGUGCCGAUGAACAUAUGACCAUCUUGGAAUUGGCGCAAAUGUUGCAGCUGGAAUUGGAUUUGGUAAAGCAGGCGGUUAGUUUGUUUUGUCGUCUGGGUUUUGCCCAGCUGAAAGAGUCGGCCAGCUCGCUGGAAAGUCCUGUAAAUGCUGCCAAAUAUCAUGAAUCCUGGGAUGAGUAUAAACGGGAACAGGCCUUGGCCAAGGAGGCUCCACAAAUCACCCCCUUGAAUUAUAAUAAUUAUGUGAAUAAUGAGACGGAUGGUGGGGCAGUGGAGACGCCCAAGGCCAAGGGUGAACAGGAGGAGAAAAACAAAGAUAAAGAUUCCAGCUCAAUUGGUUAUCUGUCGUCCGAUGGCAAUACAAGUGAUUUCAGUUUUGCCAAUAUGCCUACACCCUCACCCCAGCCAUUGGCCAAGAAUUCUCCUCGGCAAAAUUCCGAUGAUCCAGAUUUAUCUUCAGAGAUAGAUGAUCUAUCGGAGAAUACCACCAAGCCAAGUCUAAGAGAGGCCAUAACACCCACAGAAAGUCCUCCCAAGACCGGGAAACGUGUGGCCUUUUUAUUUGACUCGACGCUAACGGCUUUCCUAAUGAUGGGCAAUCUUUCACCGGGUCUAAAAAAUCAUGCCGUCACCAUGUUUGAGGUGGGUAAGCUGUGUGAGGAGAGCAUGGAUUCCCUGCUGGCGGAAUUGGAAAAGGUCUCCCUGCUGGAUGCUGAGGGUGAGGGAGAUGUAUCACGUUAUUUUGCCCAUGCUGUUAUUUUACGUUCCACCAUUUGCUCGUUGCGAAAUUUAUUACCUGGUGGCAUGGAUCUUUUGAGGCUGGAAUGCCUGGAGAGUUUGGAUCAAAAGACACGCGAUAGAGUUUUGGAAAAGAAAUAUAAAUUUAUUAUCUCCUCCACGCCGCUAACUGCCAGCAUGUCACAUCUGUUUACCAUACCCUUUUUUGGGCAGUUCUUUAGGUCCUCGGACAAUUCUCACAUGUGGACGAAGUUGUUCUACAAUCACAUCACAGGCUAUGGUCCCCCCUCCUUGUUUCUUUGCCGUGGCACGGUGCUGAAAUCUCUGCCACGAAUCUUCUUAGGCUACGGCAAGUUGCUGGUGAAUAUCCUACAUUCCGAUUCGUAUGUCAUUAACAGUGAAAAUUUCCGCAAUUUAAAUGAUCAAUUGAAAAAUGGCUGCAUACUCCUGCAAGGCUAUGGCAUAAGGUCUCCUGGCGAGCUGCACUAUGAGGCCUUUCCCUUUACCUCCAGUCGGAGGGAAGAAAAUAAAUGGUCUCGCCACAAGGCAGUUUUGAAAUUACAAGAACAUCUGGACUUGCAGCAUCACUGUGGCUAUAUAACUUUCGUUAAUACCGGCGUGGCUGAUAUUGGUUGCGAACAAUAUGAAUUGGAGGUCCAUUUGAAACAUCCACGCAGCAAACUUAAGGCAGUGAGGAAAGAUAAUCAAAGUCUGGACAAGGAGAACACACCACAAGAUGUGCCAAAUGUACUUAAAUUAGAUGAGGAAAAAAUGGAAGCAAAAGAUCUACUUUCACCCGAUCAAACGGAGUUGUGUAGCUUUGCCAGGGCCACAAGUUCACCGCAACAUCAAAAUCUCAAGACACCGGAUGAGAAUUAUUUUGCCAGCCAACAAACGAAUCAGGAACCAUCAGCCGUUUACACCUCGGCCGAUUGCAGUGAACUCUUGGCCACCGAACUGGCCAAUUGUAGUGGUAAAAUUGAGCUGGUCUCCCAGGGCUCUGUGGAAAUUCCCCUAGAUCGUGAGGCAUUGUUGCAACAAAAACAAACAACUCUAACAGAAUCCAAUGCUGAAGAAGACGAAGAAGAUACCACAGAGGAGUGGACCCUGCUGGAUGUGAAUUUUGGUGUACCCCUAUUCGAUGUGGACACCAACACCAGGAUAUGUGAGCAAAUUGUGCGAAAUUUAUCUACUGAAGAAAAUCUCAAUGAAUUGCCGAGAAAAUCCGCUGAAAUGUCAGAGAAAUUUGGAAAUUUCAUAAAACAAUGUCUCUACUUUGAGGACGAACAGGUGGAUCAAUUGAAAUUGGGUAAAAAUCUACCCCAUCCCCGGAUUAAUUUGGCCUUUGAAAAUGGCAAGGUUUGCUAUUGGAAUGGUAGAUAAAUGCAAGGGAGAGAGAGGGGAGGGGGGUAAAGGAAAAUCUUAAAAGAAGAAACUGUAAGUUUCCCCCUUGGAGUAAACAUUUGCUGGCCGAGAGAGAGAUCGAAAGACAAACAGACAAAGAGAGUUUCCAUCCAGUUUUCAGUUUCAAAUUUUGUUUUGCUUUUUUGUUUUUUGUUGGUAAGAUAAUCAGGAUUUCUUUUUCUGCAAAAUAUAAUGGCAAUAUAAAAUUGAGUGGUUUAAAAGAGUAGAGAAAAAGGGAAGAUUUUCAAAAUGCAAAACAAAUACACCCGUUUUUCAAAAUUAUUUUUUUUACCCUCCACCAUAGUAUGGAGGGUAUAUUAAGUUUGUCAUUCCGUUUGUUACACCUCGGAACAUACAUUUUAGACCUCACAAAGCAUACAAUUCUAUGUCGAUUUAGUGAUGUCCGUCCGUCUAUCCGUCUGUGGAAAUCACUCUAACUUCCGAACGAAAUGAAGUAGGUUAAUAAAAUUUUACUCAAAUACGUAUUAUGUUUGCAGGACUUUUGGUAUUGAAAAUGGGCCAUGUAGGUCCACGUCUUCGUAUAGCUUCCAUUUAACGGUACCUCCCUUUUUUCGGUAUUUUGGCAAUUUAAGCGACAUUAUUCACACGAAUUGUUCCAAAUUUGGUAUUUGAAGUUCGUAACGGAUGCUACAGCCUAUGACAGAAAAUUGUCUGUGCAAGUCCACGUCUUCAUAUAGCCUCCAUAUAAU